AUGACUGAAGCCGUUAAACGCACCGUCACCAUUGCUAUCCGUCGACCAAGCACAACUCCAGCUGUCUUUGUGGCCGCCUGCUUUACCGAACCGGCAUGGGAGCCUGUGGAGCUCACACCUCAGCUUCUAAGUUCGAAAGAUGCACCAACUACCGAAGACAGCUCUACGCAGGUCGAGGAGUACGAGUUUUCAAAGGAAUUUGAGCUACCAGAGGGCAAAUACCAGUAUAAAUUCCGUCUGGGUACGGAUGAAGAUUCAUGGUUCUGUGACAACGACGUUGAGACAGUGGUCAAUGAUGAUGGAAUUUGCAAUAAUGUCCUUGUCGUAAACGAUACCUCCUCCACCUCUACAACCGAAGGCUCCCAACAAACCAACGGUACACCCAAUGGCACCAAAUUGAAGGAAUCAGUCAAAGAAGAAGAUGAUACCGAAGAAAAGGCUAAAACCAUGGAAGACAUACCGGUAGACGCCGCUGUUGUUGACAAGUCUGACAAGGAAGUUCCCGUUAAUGUGGUAGGAGAGACUGCUACAGAAGUGGAGAAAAAGCCGGACAACCAGGUGGACUCCGUUCGAGCUCCCGAAGCCUCAGCUUCAAAAGACAACGUCUCUGAGGAGAAGAGUGACGAAAAAUUGUCCAAGAAGGAAGAUAUUGUCCUGGAUAGCGAAAAAACUGUGGCUGUCGAUAACACCGAAAUGGAGCAGGAACAAUCUUCGUCUGAUAAGCUUGAAAAUACGGUGCCGGAGCCUACAAGCAAGGAACUCCCAGAAGAGUCCAAGAAAUCAGAAUCUCGAGCAGAAGAUUCUCAGAAUAGCCUAGAAGCGAAGAAGGAACUCUUUGAGAAAGUCGAUGCAGUCGAAGCGACCGACCCAGCUGAGACUAGCAAGGAAGAAUCCAAUGACAAAGUUCAAACACUUCUUGUCACUGAGUCCCGAACAGCGGCCGAGGAGCCUAAGAAAAAUAUCACUGGAGACCUCAAAACUACUCCAGCCGAGCCGGCAAACGAUGUUCUCGAGGCUGAAGCUGCGCCCGAGGCUCCGGCUAUUAAGCCUACCAAGGACUCGACUAAAGAGGACGAUGUGCCAGAGAUCACCAAGGAAGACGCUGUCCCUGCCCAUGCUGAAGAGUUGACCGUUGAGAAGGCAAAUGGUUCAUCUGAAGAGACUUCCAAUCCCGAGGCCUCUAUGACAGUUGAGGAACCAACCGUCAUUGAACCAGAGGCAGUCUCUGAAGAAAAAAACAAGGAAGAACCAGCGACUGAGCUAGAGAAAACUCCAGUAAAGGCCGAACAGAUUGCUGAAUCUACUUCUAUACCUGCAGUUGUAAAGGAAGCACCAUCCCCGGAAGCUAUAAAGGAAGAUCCCCUGGCUACCAAAGAAGAACCGGUUUCUAUUAAACCAGAGAACGCGGAAUUACCUCAGGAGGAAAUGGUUUCAGAUAAGGACGCAGAUCCUGUUGCCACAGAAGACAAAAUCAAGGAAGCAUCGGCAGCUGAGUCUGAACCAGUUCCAGAUGCUGUAAAAGCUGGUCCUGAAGUAGCCGCUGUACGCGAGGCAGAGGCUUCCGCGGAAGAACCCAAGGAGCCCAUAGUCCCCAAGGAUAUCGCUAGUAAAGAGAUUGCUCCCGAUGACGCUCCUAGAUCGGGCUCCGAGAAGCCCACGGUGGCUAAUGAAGAACCAGAGAAGAGCUUCAACGAACCGGAGGCUACUCCUGAAGAGCCAAAAGAAAGUGCACCGGAGUCAGAACCAGCAUUAACCGACUCAAAGCGUGACACAGACGCAACCGAAAACUCGACAGUUGAUGGACUUGAGACACAAGGGGAUCCUGUAGAUACUGAAGCUGAGGUGAAGCCUGCUGCAGCCGACAAAGUUGUCUCCGCUGAAGAGAGUGAAGUUCUUUCAUCAAAGGAGCCGAAGCCGGUCAUUGAGGAGCCGGAAGACGAGACCGAGGCGUCGAAAGAAGUCUCUACCGAAAAAGAUGAUGGAACUACUGAAAUUGGAAAGAAAGAAGAGGCCGCCCUAUCAGUCCCAAUGCCCGAGGAAGCCAAGGAUGAAGCUGUUGAAGAGAAACCAGAGCCUGUUCCAGCACCCGUAGCUACCACUGAGGCCGAAGAUGUUCCUGAGGUGGUUGACGAACCCAGUAAGGACGUGGAUACCGCUAACGAAGGGCCAGAUAAGGAUGCCUCUCAGCCAGUUGAAGCUUUGAAGUCAACGGAGGACGAUGCCCUAGUAACGAAGGAGGCACAGACCAUAACGGAAGAUAAGCCGGUGGAGGAAUCGGCUCCGGAGGUAAUCAAGGACGAGAUCAAAGAGGAGUCAGAAGAACCUGUCCCAGGACCAAACGCUGAAAUUGCCGUUGCGGCUGAUGAAGCCUCAGUAAACGAACAUCAACAUGACGCGUCUAUCGCGGAAGUCAAGGAGUUGCCUGCCGAUGAUCCUGCGCUAGCUGAUUGCAACGUUCCGGCGGUCGAGGAUGAGGCUGUUGUCUCAGAAAGCAAGGAUAACUCUGAACCUGAAGUCAAUCGGGAUUCGCAACCCGCACAAAAGAAGGAAGAAACUGAAGACAAGGCCGAUCCUGCUCCCGGUGCUCAGCCUGCUGUGGAAGAAGAUUCAGUCAAAGAGGUCCCUUCUAAGACAGAAAAUGAGACUAAAGAGGGCUCUGAGGUACCCCUUAUUGCUAACAUCGCAGGCGUUGAAGCACUUCAGAACGUCAAAUCUCAAGCUAAUCCAGAGCUCUCAGAAGAGGAAGCAGGUCAGGUGGCUCAGAGUAGUACUCCCGCUCUAGAGUCCCAAGUUGAAGGUGAGACCAAAGCCCCUGAAUUGAAGGGGCCUGCUAUUGAGGAGCUAGCAUCCGUUGCCGAAGAACCUGCAGCAGGUAUCCAAAAGGAUUCUGAGAGUGGUGACUCUAAGGAGGAGGAGGAUACAACUGCCCCAGGAAAGGAAGUUGAAGCUGCUGGCGAACAAAUAGAAAAGCCGGAAGAACAAAAGCUUGCUGAGCCGGAGGCUACCGGAGAUGAUGCGCCAGUUCCUGCUGCCAAGGAAACCGAUCUUCCCAGCGAAUCCAUGAAGGAUGAAGUGGCUGCUACUACUGAAUUAUCGACGAGUCAAGUAGCGGACGAGCCUUCUGAUAAACCGGCUCCCGUAGCUUCGGAAGGGCCUGGAGAACCUGAUGUUAGCCAGGGACCUAAGGAAGUUCAUAUUGAAACCGCCGUUGUCGAUGAUGCUAGCAAGAAAGCCAACGCCCAAUUCCAAGUCGGAGAUGCUGCUGUAGAUGCGCCAAUUGAUGUGCCUGAAGAGCCAAAGCAAGACGCAGAAGCUGUUGUCAAUGUGGAAGAGACCCCCAAGGAUGUUCAGAAUGAUGUCAUUGCAGCUGGGGAAGAAGUUAAACCCGAAGCGGAAAAGAGUUUGGACCAUGUUGCCAAGGUCGAUGAUAAGCAACCCGAAGAAGCCGUCGAAGAGGCGUCAGUUGCUGUGGAAGAGGCAGUUAAAGCUGAAUCUGCACCGGAGACUCAGGAUGCUGUUACCGUUACAGCAGACCCGGUUGCGGACGAGACUCCUGCACUGGAAGCUGAGGCUCCUGAAGAGGAAGCUCCCAAGUCUGACACCGCUGAUGUGACCACCAUCGAAGCAAAGGAAGUGUUACCAGAGGCUGCUGAGACUACUGUUGUUUCACAGGACACUGAAAAGGAGGAUAUCACAGUUGAAGCAGAGAAGCCUGAAAUUCCUACUUCAGAGGCUGUAACAACCCCCACUGCCUCACCAGAGGCUUUAAAGGACACCGAAGAGACUCCCGAUAAUUCCGUCAAGUCCGCUGCAACCGAGGCCGUCACACAUGAUGAUGAUGAAAAUACAACUGUUCCUGAAAACGUACCUGAGCCUACUGGCAGUGCGUCAGAAGUGACAACCGACAAGCCGGCAGAAUCAUUUGCUGAUAAUGAACCUGAAGUGCCUACCAGCAAGGAUGAGGUCACUAAAGAAGCAAUCUUAAACGAACAGCUUGCUAGUAGCACAUCCCCGGAAUGUAAGAGUGAUGCUAAAGCAGACUUACCCAAUGUCUCAGCAGACUCUAUUCAAGAGGCUGGCUUACAACGGAAGCUUCAAUCAAGUGAAGCCAAAGCUGAUUUUGUAACGGAUCAUACCAAGGCCGAGGAGGAUCAGCCAAAAGAAUCUACUAUCAGCAUGGCCGAAGGACAGGAAGAUGCUCACAAAACUAAUGGUGCUACAAUAGCUGCUGCUCUCGGAGCAGCUGCUGUGAUUCCUGGGGCCGCUUUCUUGGCAAAGAAAGCCUUUGAAUCUGGGGAAACUACUGAUAAGAAGACUGCCGCUGGUGAUACUCCUGGGGCUACGGAAUCGCUUAUCAGUAAGAGAGGUGUUGAUGAUUCUGAACAUAUCAAUAACGUUAUGGUCAAGGAAGAUUCAAAGGUUGGUGCAAAUGACAAGUCCUCCAAUCAUACUAAAAAUGGUCCUAUGCAAGAAGAACCUGCUUCCGCCGAAUCUACCUCGAAAGCCCAUGCGACAGAAGAAAAUGAUAAGGGCACUACCGUAGAAAAUACAUCGCUUCCUGAGCAAGUUAAGGAAUCUCCUGCUGGGAAGGAUGAUGCACAAGAGGCUGUCAAUGGCAAAGUCAUUGCCGAGGAGGAAUCCAAGAGGGCUACCCCCAAGGCAUCCGCAUCUGCUGAUAUUGAGUCAAGCUCCUGCGCUGCUACUGCCGAUGCCAACCCUUCCACUGCAGCCACGACUAAUGGAACCAAGACCAACGGCACGAAAACUGAUGAAGUCUCUGAAGAGACUCGUCCUCCAACCGGCAACAAAUCCAUCACUUCACUAACAACUCAGCGCAGAGAUAACUUCCUCAAGUAUAUAUGGCGCGCUAUCUUCGUCAACUUUUUUGGAAGCCUCUUUGGAUUCCGCCGUCGCGACACCACCGCUUAA